UUUUAGUAGUAGAGCUUUGGGGGGGACGCCGCCGGAAAAACCAGCCAUGCAAGUUUGAGAGCGGCGCCCCUGACACAGCUCGCGAGAAUCACGAAAUGCUUUACGGCAACGACGUCACACACAUCAACAACAACAUACUGUAUGAAGCUACUUUCGCGCAUCCAAGAAAACUCGGUCAGAAAUGUCCAGAAAAAGGGAAAGAGAAUCGGACCGUGCUAGAAACCGGACCGGAGUCCCCUCGGUCGGGCUUUCACUCGUUGGCGCUGCACUGGAUUGUAACUGCGAUGCUGACCUGGCGAUCUUGUUGAUGGACUUCAUCAUGUCCAGCCGGGCUGGGAAGAAGAAGGUCAGCAGGUCGUCGCGCUCCGCCAGGGCUGGAGUGAUCUUCCCCGUCGGCCGGAUGCUGCGCUUCAUCAAGAGGGGUCUUCCCAAAUACAGGGUUGGUGUCGGCGCUCCAGUGUACAUGGCUGCGGUGCUGGAAUACCUGACCGCUGAAAUCCUGGAGCUGGCAGGAAAUGCAGCCAGAGACAACAGGAAGUGCCGUGUGACGCCCAGACACAUCUUACUGGCCAUCGCCAACGACGAGGAGCUUCAUCAGCUGCUGAAGGGCGUGACCGUCGCGGCCGGCGGAGUCUUACCCAACAUCCACCCAGAGCUGCUGUCCAAGAAGAGCGGCUCCAAAGGAAAGAUGGAGGCCGUCGUCACUCCUCCGCCGACCCAGAUCAAGACCAAGACCCCCAAAACAGCAGUGGUCAAGAAACUGGCCACCAAAACGUCCACACGGGUGAAGAGACGGGCGGCUGAUGCGGACGGCGGACCGGCUGAUGGAGUCACUGUCCUCUCUUCCAGAAGUUUAUUCCUCGGACAGAAGCUGCAAGUUGUGCAAGCUGACAUUGCCACCAUCGAAAGUGAAGCCGUUGUUCACCCGACCAACUCCACCUUCUACAUGGGUGGUGAAGUAGGGAAUGCUCUGGAGAAGACCGGAGGAAAGGAGUUUGGAGAUGCGGUUGUGGAGCUGCGCAAGAAGAAUGGCCCUCUGGAGGUGGCAGGAGCGGCCUUGACCUCAGGAUUCGGUCUUCCUGCUAAGUUUGUCAUCCACUGUAACAGUCCCGGCUGGGGCUCGGAUAAGUGUGAGGAGAUGCUGGAUAAGACUGUGAAGAACUGCCUGGCACUCGCGGAUGAGAAGAAGCUCAAGUCUGUGGCGUUCCCUUCUAUCGGCAGCGGCAGGAACGGGUUCCCGAAGCAGACGGCGGCUCAGCUCAUCCUGAAGGCCAUCUCCAGCUACUUCGUCACAACCAUGUCCUCCUCCAUCAAGACUGUGUUCUUCGUGCUGUUCGACAGCGAGAGCAUCGGCAUCUAUGUGCAUGAGAUGGCCAAACUAGACUGUUGAUUGUGUUGAUUAAAAAUGCUGUCGCGAGAUCAUUAAUUAGGGCGGUGGUGAUAAAACAUGUUGUGGUACUCAAUCAUAACCGCUACGCUUGCUGCAUUCCUGGUGUUUGGAAGUCUUUGAUUUAUUCUUAAUCUUGAACAGAGGGUUUGCACCAUUCUGCCUCUUGUUGUAUCAUAUCCCACAUGUUAAUAUGCAUUAAUAUGCAAGUGUAUAUUAAAUACUUGAAAAAAUGAA